AUGGUCCCUCACUGCUUCAAGCGUGGAACGCCUAACCUCGAGGAUGUAGGUCGUGACGCUUGGAACGACAAACCUAUCAAAGCUCGUGAUAAGUUUGAAAAGCGAACCCCGACAGGUGCACGCUACAAGCUGCAACGUCUGUCAAGGGAGAAAGGAUUACCCUGCCUCUCUUGGGGAGACCCGUGCCCAUGUUGUGUGAACAACUCUGCACGAGCACCUAAGGAGGCUUACCUCCUUACUAGCCCGUGGUGGCGCGUACGUGUCUCUACUGAGAUGUACGAAGGGAUUGACAACUUUAAAUCCCUUUACGACCGUGCCGGGAAGACUUUCUCCGGCGGUCCUUCUGCGGCACAGGAUGUGCCGUGUCGUACUGCUCAACCAGACCCAGUACGUCAACCAUCAAUUGGGAGCGGGGCUCCCAAGAAUCCCAGGACGGGGAAUAGCCGCGCCACCGGACGAGGUAACUCGUCCGACGUCCGUUCACGUCGCGGUGGUUCAACAGCUGCUCAACUAGAUAGCGCUGGCCACCGCGAGAGUCCUCUAAUGGAGGUGGAGGAGGAGGAAAGACGCUCUCCACACGAUCAUGUGGAUCGGUGUGUUCCCGAGAGCUUCUUUGAUCGCGUAACGCAAGGGUUACGCGACGAUCUCGAGCAUGAGCGGAAUAGGCGUCUCCAAAUGGCGGACACUGCCUCGAAGCAUCGAGCUGAGUUUGCCUUUGCUCAGCUCGAGAACGAGAGAUCUCUGACAUCUCUUCGUGACGAGCUAAGGGUAGCUCGUGGGAUUGCUGAUCGGUCUCGGGAUGAGAUAACUGCUCUUCAGACCCUUGUUGAUGUCCACCAUCGGGAGCACAAGGCUCUCUGCGAGAUGCUUGAGCGCAAGGGCGUUCUUCAUCGGAAGAAGCAGCGUACUGAUGGUACGGCUUAA